AUGCUGUCUACGCCGCUGCUCACGCUCGCCUUGGCGCUGACGCCGUCCCUGGUGUCAGCUGCCAUAUUCCCUGCAGAUUCGCUGGUCAAGAUGUUGGACGCAAAGUCGUUCAAGAAGGCGUUGAAGGCCAACCAAACUAGUAUGGUGGCAUUCGUCGCGCCUUGGUGUGGGCACUGUCAGAGGAUGGUACCGGAGUACAGUAAAGCCGCGCUAGGGCUUCAUCCUCUUGUUCCGGUGUAUGCUGUUAACUGCGACGCGGAGAAAAACAAGCGAUUGUGUGCUGAACAGGGAGUCACUGGAUUUCCUACAGUGAAACUCUUUCCCCGUGGCAAUGCACUAGCACCGAUGGUCUAUGAUUCAGGUGAAAGGACUGCUACCGGCUUCUACUAUUGGGCCACGCGUCGGAUUCCGAAGCAUUUCGCCAAAUUGUACCACGAAUACGAAGUUAAACCUUGGAUUGAGAAAAACACAUCCAAACACCGCGCUUUGUUACUGACGAAGGAUAAAAAGGUUCCUUUGUUGUGGCAAGUCCUCGCAAACAAGUACGCGGGGCAAUUGGAAAUGGGCACGCAUCGGGAUAAGGAGGGCAAGACUUCUGUGAGUCUGGGUUUCGAGGCUGGAGGGAAGAAGGGAAGCAAGGUUUUGAUAUACCCCGUUGGAUCCAACACCCCAGUCCGAUACGAAGGCAUCCAGAAACUCGAAUCUCUGUCUAAGUUCUUUGACUCGGUUCUAGAUGGCACCGCAGACCUGAAGAUCGCCGUCGAGGAAGCAAAGAAGGAGGAAUAUGUUCCGCCAACAACCGAAGAGCUCGAAAUUCAGCGAAAGCAAGAGGCGCAGCGGAUAGCGUUGCUGCACGGCGGUUUCACGGAGCUAAUUGACUUUGAGAAGGCCAUUUUGGAGGGUGGCGCGAAUUAUCACGAAACGGCUGGCUACGGAGGUAUGAUGGGUGGUGUGCCAGAGCAUUUGAAGAAGGCUGAAGCAACCGCUUCGGAAACAACGUUGGCAACGGCGCCAACAAUCACUGGGAUCGUUGACGACGUCAAUCCUACCUCGUUGAGCGGCCAGGGCGAUGCGGACGCGAAGAAGGCGGCGGAUGUGAAGAAGAUUUUGGAUGAAGCGAUGGAGGAGGCUGCACAAGCACGGAAAACCACGGCUGCUGAGCCAGUGAAGGCUGAGCCUACCCUAGCUCAGGAGGCAGAUCAAGUCGUUUUGGAGGAGCCAGCCUCAACUCCCCGCCCGACGGAUGAGCUGUAA